AUGGCCCAAAAGCUUCAACACACCGACUAUGAUAUUGCCUGGAUCUGCGCCCUGCCACUGGAGCUGGCAGCCGCGAAAAGUAUGCUCGACGAGAUCCAUCCAUCUCUUCCGCAAGCGCCAUCUGAUCAAAACUCCUACACACUCGGCAGAAUCAGCGGUCAUAAUAUAGUUCUUGUUUGUCUGCCAUCCGGCACGUAUGGAACAACAUCUGCAGCCACCGUUCUCUCUCAGAUGCUCUCGACAUUCUCGUCCAUCUCCUACGGUCUUAUGGUCGGGAUCGGCGGCGGCAUACCUAGCAGGGACAGGGACAUUCGUCUUGGUGAUGUUGUUGUUAGCACGCCGUCUGGGAUAUCUGGCGGUGUGAUCCAGUAUGACCAUGGCAAAGCGCUACCUGACAAGUCUUUUGAGACUACUGGCUCAUUCAACCGGCCCCCGCCAGUGCUUUUAAGCGCCGUGUCUCAGAUGCGCAGCAACCACAUGGUCAAUUGUCUAGAACUUCAAGCUACCAUCGCAAAAGCACUACAGAGUCAUAAAUACAUAAAGGAGCAUUUCUCGCGGCCGGGAAGGGACUGGCUGUUCAACGCAGCGCAUAAACACUGCACAGAUGCCAUAGAUUGCUCAGCCUGUGACAAGACGCAGCUGGUGGAUCGCCUACCACGGAGGUCUCAUGAGCCGCGCAUCCACUAUGGCCUAAUUGCAUCGGGUAAUCAGGUCAUUAAGGAUGCACAAACACGGGACCUUAUUUCCCACCGUCUAGGAGGAAGAAUCCUGUGCCUCGAGAUGGAGGCUGCUGGCCUCAUGAAUCAACUACCUUGUCUGGUGAUUCGCGGUAUAUGCGAUUAUUGUGACUCCCACAAGCAAGACGAUUGGCACGGCUAUGGAGCCUUAUCUGCAGCUGCCUAUGCCAAAGUCCUUCUUACUCUUGUCCCUGUGGGUGCCCGAUUCGACAGGCCCUGGGUGGGAUCGGAGGAACAAGCAAAGCACUACGAGUUUAAUAAUUCUGGCUCUGGCUCGCAGUUUAACGUCAAUGGAGGAUCACAAAGUAAUAAUACGGGUAACGGGAAUCAAUUCUUUGGUGGCUUUCACGGGCCGGUGUCGUUUGGCUGA